UUAAACCCCGCCCACCGUCACGUGCGGCUCCGCCCCCUACACUUCCGGGAGGCCUGGUCGCGGCUAGUCCCACGGUGGAAACGACUUCAUAACAACAACAACAGUAACAUCGCAUUCGUUCACAUCGCAAGGUACAAUCGGCGUCGUCGUCGAGGGCGAUGGGGGACGAGGCUCUGUUCGAGUUCCUUCACAUGGAGGUCGUCUCGUACGUCUGUCACUCAGUGCAGCAAGACGACACGGAGAAUGGGAAAGUGACGGCCAAGUUGGAGAACUUGGGAUACAGAGUGGGACAAGGUCUGGUGGAGAGGUUUACCCGCGACAGCCCCCGCUUCAAGGACGAGCUCGACGUGAUGAAGUUCAUCUGCAAGGACUUCUGGACGAGCGUCUUCAAGAAGCAGAUCGACAACUUGCGGACAAACCACCAGGGCGUGUACGUGCUACAAGACAACCGGUUCCGUAUGCUGACCCAGAUUUCCUGCGGGAAACAGUAUCUGGAGCACGCCCCUAAGUUCCUGGCCUUCACGUGCGGCCUGGUGAGAGGAGGCCUCUCCAACCUGGGCAUCAACAGCGUCGUGACGGCAGAGGUGUCGGUCAUGCCGGCCUGUAAAUUUCAGGUGAUGAUACAGAGGUCCUGAGCGUCUGCGGAUGAACAUCUCCACCAGGGGAGGGAGCCUCAGCAGUGCAGAGGUCAACAGGCUGAGCCAGCAAUCUCCAGAGAACGCCAAUUCGAAUCCGGGGUCAGCUGUCUACGAUUAAAGCCGGGUUCUCAAGCGCAUUGAGGUUGAUGGUCUCUCAGUCCGGUCGCCAAUGACUCGCGCAGAGACCUGUAGACUCACAGAGAGACCCGUGGACUCACACAGAGACCCGUAGACUCACAUAGAGAUCCACAGACUCACAGAGAGACCGGUAGACUCACACAGA